AGAAAUCAUAUCUUACUUGAUAUCAUUUAUUGUACACAAUACGUGACCUCUACCCUUAACUAUUGACUUAUAAUUAAAUACGACUUUUACGAAAGAUUUAUUUCAUUAUUAGCCACAAAAUGUACAAGACAGUUACUCGCCAUAGUGUUUUUCUAAAAUGGAGUUUGUUGAAAAAUUUGAGGUACGCGAGUGCGGGACCGCCGCGUCCCGAUGGACCCUUGUUUCCUAGAAAUGACGAUUUUCCUGCCAGACACAUAGGACCUCGAGAAAGCGAUGUCAGUACUAUGUUGGAUACGUUGGGAUUCAAGAGUCUGGAUGAAUUGACAGAAAAAGCCGUUCCAGAAAGAAUUAGGUUAGAAGGAAAAUUAAAUAUCGAUGAUCCUAUAAGCGAAUACAACCUCAUCAAAAGAAUAUCUAGUAUAGCAGAAAAAAAUCAAAUAUGGAGAUCGUACAUCGGUAUGGGUUAUCAUAACUGUUGCGUGCCACAUACUAUAAUGAGAAAUAUUUUUGAGAAUCCUGGUUGGACUACUCAAUAUACUCCGUAUCAACCAGAGGUGGCCCAAGGUCGAUUAGAAGGUCUAUUGAAUUAUCAGACGAUGGUAAGCGAGCUUACUGGUCUGGAAGUCGCAAAUGCUUCAUUAUUAGAUGAAGGAACAGCUGCAGCGGAAGCUCUCUCUUUAUGUUACAGGCAAAAUAAGAGGAAGAAGUUGUUGAUAUCCAAUUUACUUCAUCCUCAAACAAUUUCCGUUAUUCAAACAAGAUGUCAAUCUUUAGGAUUGACCGUAGAAGUUGUCGAUGUAUUCGAAGCCGAUUUUUCGGGAAGAGAUAUCGCGGGGGUGCUGUUCCAAUAUCCUGAUACCGAAGGAAAUAUAUUAGAUUUUGAUUCGGUAGCUGACGCAGCACACGCGAAUGGUACUCUGGUUUGCUGUGCAACAGAUCUAUUGAGCCUUACCUUACUGCGACCUCCUAGUGAAAUUGGGGUUGAUAUCGCAAUUGGUACUUCUCAAAGAUUGGGAGUUCCUUUAGGAUAUGGUGGUCCGCAUGCAGGAUUUUUCGCUUGCAAUCAAUCAUUGGUACGUUUGAUGCCAGGUAGGAUGAUUGGGGUAACGAGAGAUGCGGCUGGAAGAGACGGUUAUCGUCUCGCUUUGCAAACAAGAGAACAGCACAUCAGAAGAGAUAAAGCUACUAGUAAUAUUUGUACAGCGCAAGCUUUGCUGGCUAAUAUAUCUGCGAUGUUUGCAGUUUAUCACGGACCUCAAGGGCUCAAAGAUAUUGCGACUAAAAUACACAAUAUGACAUUGGUAUUACAUCAUGGCUUACAACAAGAUGGAAACGCAAUGUGUAACAAGCUAUUUUUUGACACAUUGAAAGUUUAUCCAAAAUUACCAAUCGAAGAAAUUAAAAGUAGAGCAGCCGUUAAACGAAUUAAUUACAGAUAUUACGAGGAUAACGGCGUCGGUAUAGCUCUAGAUGAAACCGUUUCAUUACAGGACGUAGACGACAUAUUUUAUUCCUUCGGAUGUACACAAAAUGUAGAAAAUAUCAUACACAGCCCAAUGGUUAGAGAAAAUGCAAUUUAUAAAAGUCCUUACAAAAGAACCUCUCCGUUUUUGACUCAUCCGGUAUUCAAUUCUCAUCAUUCGGAAACAAGAAUAGUUAGAUACAUGAAAGUAUUGGAAAAUAAAGAUGUAUCUUUGGUCCAUAGCAUGAUUCCAUUGGGCUCUUGUACUAUGAAAUUAAACUCCACCACCGAAAUGAUGCCGUGCUCGUUUAAACAUUUUACAGAUAUUCAUCCGUUCGCUCCGUCCGAGCAGUGCCAAGGCUACCAUCAAUUAUUCGAAGAACUAGAGAAGGAUCUGUGCGCAAUAACCGGUUACGAUAGAAUCAGUUUUCAACCGAACAGUGGAGCUCAAGGCGAAUAUGCUGGUCUAAGAGCUAUACAAUGUUAUCACGAAGCUAGAGGAGAAGUUCAUCGAGACGUAUGUUUGAUUCCCAUAAGUGCCCACGGUACUAAUCCGGCCAGUGCGCAAAUGGCUGGAAUGAAAGUAGAACCGAUAAAAGUUCGUGUCGAUGGAACAAUUGACGUAAAUGAUCUUAAAAGAAAAGCCGAGAAAUUCCGAAAUAAUUUAUCUUGUUUAAUGAUAACUUAUCCUUCGACUAACGGGGUGUUUGAAGAAACGGUGGCGGAUAUUUGUGAGAUAAUACACGAUAAUGGCGGACAAGUUUAUUUGGACGGUGCCAAUAUGAAUGCUCAAGUAGGACUAUGUAGACCAGGUGAUUACGGUAGUGACGUUUCGCAUUUGAAUCUUCACAAAACAUUUUGUAUUCCUCACGGAGGGGGCGGUCCGGGUAUGGGUCCUAUCGGGGUUAAAUCUCACUUAGCUCCUUUCCUUCCCGGUCAUCCAGUAAUUAUACCUCAAGGACACAACGGUAGCUCUGGUGGUGCCGUAAGCGCAGCACCUUAUGGCUCUAGUGCAAUAUUACCUAUAUCAUGGGCGUAUAUAAAAAUGAUGGGACCGAAAGGCUUAAAGAAAGCCACCCAAAUCGCUAUUUUAAACGCCAAUUAUAUGUCUAAAAAAUUAGAAUCACACUACACGACGUUGUUUAAAAGUUCCGCAUCGGGAUUAGUAGCCCACGAAUUUAUUAUAGAUACUAGAGAAUUUAAAAAAACCGCUAAAAUAGAAGUGGCCGACAUCGCUAAGAGAUUAAUGGAUUACGGUUUUCAUGCUCCGACGAUGAGUUGGCCCGUUGCUGGUACUCUUAUGAUCGAACCCACCGAAUCUGAAGAUAAACAGGAACUCGACAGAUUUUGCGACUCGUUAAUAUCUAUAAGGGAAGAGAUUAGAGAUAUCGAAGAAGGAAGAUCCGACGUUAGAAUUAAUCCUCUGAAAAUGGCACCUCAUACCCAAGAGCAAGUUAUUAGUAGCUCUUGGGAAAGGCCGUACAGUAGAGAGCAGGCGGCUUUCCCCGCACCUUUUGUUAAACCCGAAACGAAAAUAUGGCCGACUGUGGCAAGAAUUGAUGAUAUAUACGGCGAUAAACAUUUGGUUUGUACUUGUCCACCAAUAUUGGACGAAUAUAAUUAUUAAUGAAUUAUUUACAAACGUUGUACGAAGGUUGCUACUCAAGUUUUCAAAUAGACGUUAAUGUUUUUCACUACAGUGAAAUUAAUGCGUUUGAACCAAUUGUCGAAGCAUUCCGAUUGAAGUACAUCAAAAAAAAAAUGUAAAAAAACGUUCACCUCUUAAUUUAUUUUUGAUUCUUGGGUGCUAAACAAGAACGGUACGACGGAUGACCCAUCAAUUCGACGUUUUGACUAUUCAAAAAAUGAUUCAUGUUCAGCGAUAAGUCUCCUCGAUUUUUUCGAAUAUUCCUGGCAAACAAAUGCUGGCAUACCAUUCAGAAUUGAUCUUUUUAGAGACAUGCCUAAUUAUUCGCUUCGAAAUGCUUCGUGCGCGAACAACUUUUGUUGGAUUCGGCUCGUUUUGAAUGGUCUUGUUUUUUAGUUUCGGGUUUAUAUGCAUAGGUCGAUGAUUCGUCACCUGUCACGAUAGAAAACCAACGAAACUCGAUUGCUCAAGAUGGUGGUUUAUCGUCAAAAGUCGAAGCGAGUUGAUUGACGCAUUUGCUGUUGGUUUAAUCCACGUUGAAAGUCAUAGAAAAAGUUCGCGAUUCAAUUCCAUUUGUUGACAAAGAUAAACGUUUCGAGUAUCUGUAAACAACUCAAAUAGCUCAAUGUCAAUGUCAGAUUUGACAUAUUCACGUCAGUGUUGCCAUAUAUCAAAACUCGAGUAGCAACCCUCGUAUUACCCAGUAUUACCUCUCUUUGAAAGGAAAGUUCUAUUAUAUAUAAUAAUACUAUAUGUCUAAGUUAAUUAACGUUUAUUUUUGCAUAACAACUUUUUGGAAAUAUAUAUUAUUUGCUACAAAAUAUUUUUAGAACGAACGGACCUGGCACAGCGCAAAUAGUCUCAACAAGGAUAUAUUCACUUACAUAUCUAUUAUAUGAUUAUUUAACAUACUGUAGUUCGUGCUAAUAUUAUUAAUUUUUUAUUUAUUCAUUCCCCUUUUCUAUUCACUUUUCGUUUAAAACAAAAAUUAUAAUCAAACUAAUCAAAAUAUUUAAUUCAGAAAUUACGAAUGGAAUUUUAAAAUUGUUAGUACCGCAAACAAAGCAUGCAGUACAUGAUGUGGCGACGAGAAAAUUUUAGUAAAAACUGUAGUAAAUGCUUUGGGUAAAUGGCACAUUAUAUUGAUACUAAUAUUCGAUUUCUAGCAAGUCAAUUAUUUACAAUUUUUUAUUAAACAGACUGUUUACUGCGACCGUUACACCAACACCCAUAAUUAUACUCAGAGACAGAAGACGAAACGUGGAUCAGACAGUGUAAUUAUGGAUGUUGUUGUAGUGGUAACAAUAGACAAUAUGAAUAUCACUAAAGUUCAAAAAAUUCCAACUUCGUAACGACUUCUUACAAUCAUAAAAUUGUAGAAAAAAGGGUGUAUAAACAAUGCUAGCACUAACUGAACAAAAAUCUGAACUGUUUCCAAAUGGAUUUUAGUACGUACAUGAAAAUUAUAUUGCAAUGACAUCGGUUGAUAAGAAAAA